UGCGACACUUGAAGAUGUAUAUUUAGACCUAGUAGAGGUAUUGUAGUCACUCUCUCUCCCUGUACACAGUUCUUCACCCGUGUGCUAGCGUCCUGGCGUUAAUAAACUCUGUGUCAACUGAAGUGAAUGAAAUUGGAAUACGCAGUGUAGAAAUGGUUUCCCAAUUCUGCAUGAAAAUGUAAAGUUUUAUUUUCCUGUUGUUUGUCGUUUAAAAGUGCGAAACAUUUGGACCAAAUAUACUUUUGUGGUUUCUACUUCAUUUGGAAUACGAGCUUAGUUUCUAUCUUGGCACCAGGUCUGGUCCUAUACAUCUUCACUUUUAAGUAACAGUUCGCACUGUUGAUCCUCUUCUGACAAGUGUGGUCAUCUUCUGACUAGUGUGGUCAAGUAUUACCUCAUUUCUUUUUUUUUUAACGCCAAUGGGUCUUUCAAUGAUAAUCCUACAACUUACACCCCAACUGCUGGACCAAUGAGAUUACACCGCUUCUAAAAUGGUGACACUGUCACCAGUCUUCAAUGUUAAUCUCCUAGUGGUAUCUCUUCUUCUCGCUGCUCUGCUAACCGAAGGGAAAGAAGAGUUCCUCUUCCCCACCAACCAGAAUGUCAGCCUCGAAGCGAUAAAGAACUGCAGGGAUCGGGUGGACGACCCCGAGGAGAAGAUUGCCCUUUCUAACAUCGCUGCCCGGAACUUCACCAUCGGCUUGCUGCUCAAUGUGGACAACGAGGGGGAGGACAGGUUCGUGGGAGGCGCCUUCUUCUUGGCGCUGGACGAGCUGCACAAGGUCGCCAAGGAGAAAGGACUCCCGGUGCACUUCAACUGGGAAUUCAGGGACACCAUGAAUCGGAAAAAUGUGGCUGCCAGACAGAUGCUAGAUCUUUAUCUGCACAGAAACAUCUCAGUCUUCAUUGGGCCCAGCGUCUUCUGCAAGUCUCUCACUACUAUGGUCACAGCACUGAUGAAGCCUUUUAUAACAUACAAUUGUCGGGACGGAGAGGGACUGCUCCAUGACCUGAUGGUCAACGUGGAGACCAGGGUCCACUUCGCCAGCCGGUCCAUCAUCUCGUUGAUGCUGUUCCACAAGUGGAGGUCAUUCUGGCUCGUAGCAGGAGAGCACGAGAUAUGGAAUGGGAUAGUGGAGGAACUGAAGGCUCAGUUGGAUAACGCCAACAUCACGAUCAACGAUGAAGAUGUUGACGAUAUUAACAGCGUCUACUUGCCAACAAUCACAGAGCAGUACUAUGAUAAACUUUUAAAUAAAUCCAUUGUCAAGACCAGAGUGUACCUGUUUCUAGGCAGCUCGGAUUGCCUGUUGACCUUCAUGCGACUGCUGCAUGCGAAGGUCGGUGAGGAAAACGUCAAGAAGUAUGCGGUGAUAGCGGUCAGUGACGAGGGGAAAGACUACUCUAACGACAAUAACUUUUACAGCCGGAAUGUUGAGAUGAUUGAAUCAUUAGACGAGCUGUCCAUUGAGGCUCGAGAUCAACAGAUCGCCAGCCGCAUUCGCGCCUUCAGGAAUCUUCUUAUCAUUACCCAAGAGCUCCGGGUCACAGACAAGAAGGACUUCAUGGAGAAGGUCAAGGACAAGUGCUGCUUCCCGCCUUUUAACUUUGACCCGGAAAUCAAAAAUAAAACCGGUUGGAAGAUGUACAAACCCCCAAGAGGAAGUUACUAUCUCUAUGACGCUACCAUGAUAUACGGCAGGGCUGUAAUGGACUUGAUGGAGACUCCAGGGGCGGACCCCGGGGAUGCAGUGGAUGUCAUCAACAGACUGAGAUGCAGGUUUCAUGAAAGUAUUAUAGGCGACAGAAUUUGGAUUCAUGCAAACGGCCAGAGUGAGAAGAACUAUGUAGUCAAAAGUCUGAAGCUUGACUCAGAUGGACAGUCUGGGAAUUUGAUCAAUGUAGGAAUCUUCAACAAAACGGAUGAUGAUAUCCCAGUAUAUCAGCAGAUCAGUACGGUUGAAUGGGCAGGUACAAGCGCGCCAGAGAGUGACCCCGCGUGUGGGUUUGAAGACGAGUACUGUAAGCCAGAAGAGUUAAUCUCGGACAACGGAGGGAUUAUCGCUGUGAGUGUUGCAGUACCAACCAGCGUCUUGUUGAUUGUUGUAUUCUCAUUGUUUUUCGGUAUAAGACAUUGCGUGUAUGAAAAGAAACUGGACAAACUGGCUUGGAAGAUAGAGCGGGAUGAGAUCCAGAUGAUUAACGAAGGGCAGUUUCGUCAGAUGACCACACCGUCCAGAAACAGGAAAAAGAAUUCCUGGAACGGCAACCAUUACAGCUAUCUUAUGAUGAAGACUGACUCACAGUCUGACAUCAGUCACAAGGACUACGGGUCUGAGUAUAUCCCUAUUGGUUUUUACAGAGGAGCCUAUGUGGCCAUUAAACUGCUGACCAGAAAACAUCUGGAGUUGACCAGGGUCUUGAAGAAACAGAUGCAGCUCCGUAAAGAAUUGACCCAUGAGAACAUCAACCGUUUCAUUGGGGCCUGCUUCGAGCCACCCAAAGUGUACAUUGUAACGCAGUACUGUCCAAGAAGAAGUCUUCAGGACAUACUGCGUAACGAGGACGCACAUCUGGAUAACAUGUUUAUAACUUCGCUCGUACAAGAUCUGAUUCGGGGAAUGACGUUUAUUCACGAGAGUCAAUUUUGUUAUCAUGGCAACCUUAAGUCCAGCAAUUGUUUGGUGGACAGUAGGUGGACCUUGAAGAUUUCAGACUUUGGUUUUAGUGCCCUGGGGCCGCCAUCUCUUAUCAACUUUGACGACGAAGAGUCCUUUAGAGCUCUUCUCUGGACGGCCCCAGAGCUUCUCCGCAAACGCCGCAGCAGCAGCACCGCUAGCCAGCAGCACCAGCAGCACCACCACCUGAGAAGCCACAGCAGCAGCGGCAGCAUGUCCGCCGGCUUCAACUACUUGAAAAGCCAUCACUUCUACAACAACAACAACUUCAGCAGAAACCACCACCAGAUCACAGACAGCCAGAAAGGAGAUGUGUACUCUUUCGCUAUCAUUCUCUACGAACUGUACGGACGAGCCGGACCGUGGGGUCCGGUCAAAAUGACACCCAAAGAGAUUAUCGAGACGUUGAUAUGCCCAGGCACUUCCUGUACAAGACCAGACACGAAGGACCUGACGUGCGACCAGAACGUCGUCAAUCUUAUCCAGGACUGCUGGCAGCAGGAUCACAAUCAUAGGCCUGACUUUAAGAGCGGCAUCAGAGCCCACUUCAAACCCAUUCAACAAGCUUACAUGAAGUCUAAUAUCUUUGACAAUAUGUUGGCCAUGAUGGAGAAAUACGCUAACAAUCUGGAGGCCAUAGUGGCAGAGAGGACAGAGCUUCUGAGACAAGAAAAGAGAAUGACGGAGAACCUUCUACUCCGGAUGUUGCCUAGGUCAGUGGCCGAAAAGCUGAAACGUGGUCAUCGAGUGGAGCCUGAGCAGUACGAGCAGGUGUCCAUCUAUUUCUCGGACAUUGUUGGUUUUACUCAGCUCAGCGCCAGUAGCACUCCUAUGGAGGUGGUUGACCUUUUGAAUGAUCUGUACACAUGUUUUGACUCCAUCAUUGAAGAGUUCGAUGUCUACAAAGUGGAGACUAUCGGUGAUGCUUACAUGGUGGUGAGUGGUCUGCCCAUCCGUAACGGCGACAGACAUGCCGGUGAGAUCGCUUCCAUGGCUCUGGAACUGUUGGAAGCCAUCAAACAGAAAAAGUUCAGAGUCCAAGGCUCAACAAACCACGUGCUCAAAAUACGAAUUGGAAUCCACUCGGGUCCAUGUUGUGCUGGAGUUGUGGGCCUUAAAAUGCCUCGCUAUUGUUUAUUUGGUGACACGGUGAAUACAGCCAAUCGGAUGGAGUCAACAGGGGAAGCUCAAAGAAUUCACUGCAGUUUAGACUGUAAAAAAAUUCUCGACAAACUUGGUGGCUACACCCUGCUAGAGAGAGGCUACACCGAGCUAAAGGGUAAAGGCACCCUCUUGACCUACUUUCUCAACUCCGAGGACCUGAAGUAUAGACAGAAACGUAUCACGCAAUACAAGAAGAUGGGCAACGAUGGACGAUGUGUGUCCACAUCUAACCUCGACUACACCGGUAGAAUUGCUGGGGGAAAGUUGUCCAAGUUUAAAUUCCCUUCAAAUAACCGGGACUCCACCGGGACGGAUCGGGGCAGCUGGAUUAGCAGCUUAAACACGUCCAUAGACAGCGCGUGCUCAGAUGUAACUGACCAAAGACAAUCGUUCGGACGCCUGUCACAGCUUCAGUACUUUGAACCAUCCAUUCCUCCCGCUCUACCCAAUGAGUUCGUCUCGUCCACUCUACCAAGGGCUUGUGGCUUCAGAUACAAUGCAUACAUGACUCCCAUAGCCGAGGACCCGUCUGGUCCUUGCGAAUCGAGUCCAAUGGAAAAAACUGUCUCCUUUCCGAAUUCAACAUUUUUGGACAGCUAUCAGUCAUCCGAGACUGACCCUCUGCUGACCAGUUCUAAGCCCUGGACUAACUCCAUGCCCACCGACAUGUUUCAGACUCCAAUUGCUAGUAACCUGAAGGACAGACCCCGGAGCUUGGGCUCGGGUUCAGGUGAGCGUAACACAUGUGUGGUGUGGGAGGAGCUUCCAGGUAUCAGUGUACAAGAACCCCAAGAAAGUUUGCAGGAGGAAUCAGACACCAUUCUCAACUCAGACCCGGAAGUCAUUACUCAAGGCUCAUCAAACGGAACUACCUCUACGGACAGGAGCGCGGGAGUCAACAAUGCUCAACAGGUUGAGCUCAUCAACGCUGACGUAGACAGUUCACCCUAUAGACCUUGACCUAUUAUGGUUUUUAUUGCUAUGUAUUGAGAGCUUUGAGUACCAAAAGGAUCACUCUACUAACUCGUGAAUUUCCAUGAACCUUGAACAUAUCAAAUGUCCUAUUUAUCAAAGCUUCUCAUUGCAUGAGUUGACCGUUGUGGGAAGUAUUGUUAAAUCAUAAAACCAAUGUUCAGAGGUUCGCCUUAUUAUACCAGUGCUUUCAGACUGAGUCGCAGACUCAUUUAAACCUUUAAAUCACAGACUCAUUCAAACCUUUGAGUCACGGACUCAUUCAAACCUUUGAGUCGCAGACUCAUUUAGUAACGAUGUCCUCCAUGUAUUCUUGGUGAUCAUAUAUAUAUAUAUAUAUGUACUUACGUUGCUAUAGUAACGAGUGGAUUGUUUUCUACACUGCCAGUGAAUUGUUUCGUCAUGAUAUUUGGUUCAUAUUUUUGUUCGACAUUUCAUUUUGGCCCAAAUAGAAACAGAUGGACGCAAUGACCACCACAUCCCUUUGUAGUAUUAACAUAGGACACAGUAUGUGACAAAUGGAUAGUAGUAUUAACCUAGGACACAGUAUGUGACAAAUGGAUAGUAGUAUUAACCUAGGACACAGUAUGUGACAAAUGGAUAGUAGUAUUAACCUAGGACACAGUAUGUGACAAAUGGAUAGUAGUAUUAACCUAGGACACAGUAUGUGACAAAUGGAUAGUAGUAUUAACCUAGGACACAGUAUGUGACAAAUGGAUAGUAGUAUUAACCUAGGACACAGUAUGUGACAGAUGGAUAGUAGUAUUAACCUAGGACACAGUAUGUGACAGAUGGAUAGUAGUAUUAACCUAGGACACAGUAUGUGACACAUGGAUAGUAGUAUUAACCUAGGACACAGUAUGUGACAAAUGGAUAGUAGUAUUAACCUAGGACACAGUAUGUGACAAAUGGAUAGUAGUAUUAACCUAGGACACAGUAUGUGACAAAUGGAUAGUAGUAUUAACCUAGGACACAGUAUGUGACAAAUGAAUAGUAGUAUUAAUUUAACUAGAAUGUCAAAAUAUUAUAAAUAUAUACAAAUGAAAUAUAAAUACUAUAAUAUAUAUCCGUUUCUAUUUACAAUAUAAAAUGUAUGAACUAGCAGGAUGUGAUUACAAGAAGUAGUGAUUAAACAUCCAAACCUUAUUGUGAUAUCCACUGGAUAUUAUCUUUAUCAUGUGAUAUCCACUAGAUAUUAUCUUUAUCAUGUGACAUACACUGGAUAUUAUCUCUAAUACACAUUAUGUUUUAUUAGAAAGAUUUUUUUAUUCAACGUUUUAAUUUCUGGCUUGACAAGUUUUGGAUAAUGUUUUUUGAAUAAAAUGAGUUAUUAUGAUUAUUUUUAAGCUUCGGGAAGGGGAAUACACUGCAUCCCUUGAGUACAGGUUCUCAAAGUCAAGUAGACAUUAAAUCAAAUAUGCUAUAUUGAUAGUCCAUUGAGGGCUAUUGCUAUUUUAUCAGGUCAUAAUUUUAGCAUUUUAAAAUUAGCUCUUCCUUCUAGCCAGGCGAAAAACAACUUAGCAACCAAGAAAAUUUUAGGACUUGCGGAUAGGCUCAAAAGACUUUUAUAUAUAACAUAUGUAACAUGAUUCCGUAAAUCUGUUUCAUAAUUGGCAUACAAUGUCCAGAGAAAUUUGCUUCGUCUUUUCCUAUUGUACAUAGGAGCUCAUUAUAUAUAUUAUCACCCUUUUCAUCAUAUGUUAAUCUGGUUCGUCACCAAGAUGUUUUCAGUUAGUUUCGGUUAUAUGUUAUUUUUUGUACAAUUAGCCUUCGUGUAUGAUUUAUACUGAACUAGUAUCCACGGUGAGGACGAAAAGAGACUAUAAAUUCGCAUUGGUUCUGUCUGCUCUGGACGUGGCAAAAUAUGUAGGUCACAGCUGGGGCUGCAAAGCUACGUGAAAUACUGAACUCAUUAAUCUUCGGACUCAAACAAGCCUUACCUAUAUAUAUAUAUUGAACUAGUGAAAGUUAUAACAUCUGAAACUAAAUGGCCCAUACAUUGAUUAUAAUCUCUAUUGUAUAAAUACAUGCAUAUUGCUAUUAAUAAUGUUGGCAUGCAUUGAACUUUAAUUGUAGUGUCAUGGCAUGCACAUUUAUUUAUGUAUUCAAUGUUGUCUGUACAUGGUGUGUCUUGUCUAUGUACAUAGAUUAUCAUAUCUUUUUAUAUUGUACACAUUUCAGGUGAUGUUAUUGUACAAUUUUAUAAAUACUGUAAACAUUUGAAAACGUUUGAACCUCCUGCUUCACUUUAUCUUGCCUUUAGACCAUAGCACAGUGUUAUGGGCCGGACAUGGCCCGCGGACCCUAGUUUGUGCAUCACUGCCUUAGCACAAGUAUAAACUGUUUAUGUCUAGCUUGGAGUCACGAAGACUCUACUCCCAAAAUUGGAAUAAUAUUCAAAAUGCUUGAAACCCAUAAUAUGUUGUACACUACUUUCUUCUUAUUUACGUGCUUAGAAAAAUAUGUGAUUGUAAAUGCCGUAACAUAGGUCUCUAGAAAACAUUCGCUGCAAUACUUUACAUGCUUCAUUCUUAGUUAUCUUUAUUUAAAGAUUCUUUUUGACUCGCUCUUCCUUUUUUUUUUUUUCAAAGAGCAAAUUAUGUUCGUCUCGAAAUCUAUUUUUAGCUUUUAUAGUUAUCACGUGACAGAGUGCACCUGAUCUUCUUUUCUCUUAGUUUCAGAACAGUUUUUUCCUCUCAACCAAUCAGCUGUUAGAUGAACUUCUCCUAUUGAAGUCCAUGAGGUGUCGUGAAUUAUACAAGUACUAUUUAGUAGCAUUCAGUUACUUCUUCAGAUUUAUCCCCCUUUAAAAUAAAAAUAUUGCGAUGUAUGUAUGAUUCGAACAUCUUUCCCCUGUUUUUAUGCAAGAUUGUUGACAAGUAUUGCUCAGUUGUUAUUAUUUCAUCACUGUAACAUUUGUUAUAGGCUUGUGAUUUCAUCAUCAUGUCGCCUAAUUUGUAUGUUUUCACAAAUGAUCAGGUCCCAUCACCAUGUUCAGCUCAUAAAAGUAUUUGUUACCAAAUAUUCAAAA